UCUAUAAAUAACAUUGAAGCAAUUUGAAUCAGUCAAAUCUAAAUAGCUAAAAAUGCAACUCUUGUCUAGAUUCACUCAAAACGGACAGUAGCUGAGAUUCUAGAUACAUCGAACCUGGACGCUUCUACGAAAUUCAGCUUACCAAGACGGCAUUAGCCUAUAACCAUCAGCAGUUAAUUGCCCACAAACCAUUAAUGACUCAUUUGUGACAUGGCAGUCCGCCCGCCAUCGACCUCGCGCGAAUCACGUGCACGUACCUGGACGUCGUAUUGAAUUAUGAAACGGGACGAUCGGACGGCUUCAGUUCCGCUUUUGGCCAACGUGUUGCGAAAGUGCAAUUUUUGCAAAAACACCCUUUAGAAACUAAAACUUCAGUCCCGUGAAGUAAAUGGAGAAAAAUGUAUGAAUUAUGAAAUCAAGCCAGCACCUUGUUUUCUCAAUUUGACAUAAUAAACCCCCUCAGUUAUUAUAAAUGAAGAGCAAUUUUGUCGAGUUUUUUUAAAUCAGUAAAACAAAAGUUGAUAGGACUGCUAUUUUUUAUUAUUUAAAAUCAAAUUCUUAUUAUAAAAAUCAUUUUAUGGUAAAUAAAAAGAACGAGAUUCUAAAUUGCAAAUAAUUAAAAAUGAGGGAUAACUAUGUCUCAUGGUAUAACGAGGUUCAUUCUACAAAUUAAUAAUUCCAAAAGGAGGAAGAUGAAAAGUUUUUUAUUAUCAUUAAUGCACAUUUCACUAUAAAUUAUAUCUUGAGCCAGCAGGAUGGGAGGAAAUUAGGAAAAGAAAGGGAGAGCAAUCAGAAACUUUUAAGAUGGCGACAAGAUACAAGAGGGCUAUGGCGCCUCUGGACGACAAGGCUCGAGCGCGGCUGUGGGACGGUGGCGGAGCAACCGCGGUGAUCGCCGUUGGCAGUGAAGGGUCGACGGGGAAGUUGGAGGAGCUGGUGCACGCGUUCUACAACGAUGAGAUGUCCAUCAGAGGAGAGAAAAUUGAGGAGGAGGAGAGGCCGGCGGCGAAGUGGCGGCAAGCACUGGAGUUGGAGCUGAAGGAUGAUUUGGCAGAGCCGGCGGUGAAGUGGAUACGGGCAAAGGCGGAAGCAGCGGUCGGAACCGCCGGUUUGGAAUGCGAGGACGUCGUCAGGCGAAGGUUGGUUCGCCUGAUGCAGGAGAGGGGCUUGGAUGCAGGAAUUUGCAAGUCCCAGUGGCAUAACACCUCCGGCAUCUCUGCCUGCUCCCACGAAUACAUCGACGCGGUCGUCGGCGAGACACGUUACAUGGUUGAGAUCAACCUGGCCGGAGAAUUCAAGAUCGCAAGGCCAACAGAAGACUACACGGAACUUCUCCGUUCACUACCAAAGCUCUUCGUCGGGAGACCGUCGACACUUGAGGCAGUGAUCAGGUUGAUGUGCUCGGCUGCUCAAGAGUCCAUCAAGAAAGCCGGCAUGCACGUACCCCCGUGGCGGCGGACGAAAUACAUGCACGAGAAAUGGUUCGGUGAUUACCGGCGAUACACAGAUACGUUUUCUUCUUCGGAUUCCAUAGGCAGGACGGCUCCUACAGCUUACACGGCCAACCAACGCUGCAGAGGAGCCACAGGUAGCAGCAAACUAGUAAAUAGCAUUUUCCUAAGGGGAAUGUGAAAGGGGACGAUCAUUUAACGGUUAUAGGAAAGCUUGUGAUGUUUGCUAUUUUGCACAUAUAUAUA